AUGAAAGUUCUGUCGAUAUCUGCAACUUCUGCUUCGGUUGAACGUGUUUUUAGUCAGAGCGAAUUUCUAUUUCGUCAACAUCUUGCAUCAAUGACACGAACUACUUUACAACAAUUAACAAUGCUCAAAUGUAAUCGUGGUAAUCUUUUCACAACGCGAUGUACAUCAUGUGGUUUUAUUGAAGAAAAUAAUGACAGUCCAAUUUGUGAAGCUCUACGAAAUCGAGGAUUACCAAAUGAAAGUGGACCUGAAAUUCCAACUAAAGAUCUUCCUAGUGGUCGUAAAUGUCAAUCAUUUGUUCGAUCUCAUGUUGUCUGGUUUGAAGAAUCAUUAUGGCCUGAUAUUAUCGAUAUAAUCACUGAUGAGCUAAAUCGUUGUGAUCUAUUUUUAGUCGUAUGUUUCUGUCUUUUUCAUGUGUUUCUAAUGAUCUACUUGAAGGUAGAAACAUCGGGUGUUGUCUAUCCAGCAGCAGGUUUUGCCCGAAUGAUCGCUGCUAAAGGUGUUUCAGUGGUUGAAGUCAAUGUUGAAAAGACACCUUAUACAGAUUUUACAAUGUAA